AUGAGUCUUUUGAAUCAAUCUCUUCUUUGUCUUUUCUUGUUGGUGCCACAAAUCGAAGGCUUCCAAACAAGAAUUCUUCGAAUUUGCCAUCAUCACAUCAGUACUAGUGCCAGAGCUUUUACUCUUUUGCAAGCAGAAGGCAAUAAAAAGGAACAAGAUCUCUUUGAUUACUUUGAUCCUUUGCUCAGUCCCCACGCCUACCCCAAUGGAAUAGAAGCUGGUCCCACUACUAAUUCUGAAGAAUCAUCAUCCAGAAAUGUAGUACCACCACAAGUUUCAACGACAUCAUCGCCUCCGCCACCUUUGGAAGCUGUUCCACCUCAAGCAGAAGUCGAUAGACAGGAUCAAGAUCUCUUUGAUUACUUUGAUCCUUUGCUCAGUCCCCACGCCUAUCCCAAUGGAAUAGAAGCUGGUCCCAUAACAACUUCUAAAAAAUCACCACCAGUUUCAUCGCCUCCGCCACCUCUUGAAACCGUUCCACCCGAAUUGCGAAGCGGGAAGAAGAGGAAAGUCGGUGUUUUGCUAAUGGACCAUGGGUCUCGAAAUAGUGCCAGCAAUGCUCGUUUGGAAAAGAUGGCGGAACUGUACCAACUGACUUCCAAUUACGAUCGAACCGACGACGAUGAUACCAUUGUGGUCGAAGCAGCACAUAUGGAAAUUGCUUCGCCAUCCAUUGCGGAAGGAUUGAAGAAACUAUUGGACCAAGGUGUCGACGAAAUCAUUUGCCAUCCAUACUUUUUGAGUCCUGGCCGACAUGUGACUGAGGAUAUCCCGGAACUCUUGGAACAAGCCAAGAACGAACUCAAGAUAGACAACAUUCGCAUGGUUUGUACCAAACCCAUUGGUGCCAAUACUCAACUGAUGAUUGGUGCCAUACAUGCGUUGGUUCAAGAAAACUCGUCCAUCUUGCAAAGUCAAGGUCAACAAUAA